GGUGGGUCCCGGGAACCAGUCGCGCAGACGUGGGUCCCACCAGAGCAGCCUGGCACUGCCAUCUACCCGACUUACUUUUCGUAGCAUCUGACCUAUCCUAGGGGAAAUGAGUGUCAGAUGGCACCUGUGGGUGGUGACCUUCAUGGUUUGGGUCAGGAACCGGGGUUGCUAGGAAGAGCAGGCCACGCUGUCCCUGAGCACGGCUAAGCAGGGCUGGGUGUUUGCAGUGCCUCCGCCCUCUUCCUCCGACUCGCUCACUCGCUCGCUCGCUCGCUGGCUCGCUGCUGGCUCGUAGGCUUUGCCUCCUACUUCUCUAUUUUUACUCCUCUGGUCUUGGUGGCUUCCUCAAUAUCUGUGUGGUGCCUGCCGCCCCACAGUUCACAGGUCUCCCAGGGGCUUGUUUCUUUCAGUCAUGACUUUUAAAGUUCUUCUGGUGACAGCCCUAGCCUUAUGUCACGGAUUCAAUCUGGACACUGAAAAUCCCAUGACCUUCCAAGAGAAUGCAAGAGGCUUUGGGCAGAGUGUGGUCCAGCUCGGUGACUCUCGAGUGGUUGUUGCAGCCCCCCAAGAGGUAAAAGAUGUUAACCAAACAGGUGCCCUCUACCAGUGUGACUACAGCACCAGGAGGUGUGAGCCCAUUUCCCUGAAAGUGCCCCCAGAGGCUGUGAAUAUGUCCUUGGGUCUGUCCCUGGCUGCCACUCCAGACCCCUCUCAGCUGCUGGCCUGCGGCCCCACUGUGCACCAAGACUGCAAGGAGAAUAUAUAUGCGAGUGGACUGUGCUUCCUGUUUGGCUCCAACCUGCUCAGGCCACCCCAGCAGUUCCCACAGGCUCUCAGAGAAUGUCCUCGGCAGGAGAGUGACAUUGCCUUCUUGAUCGACGGCUCUGGUAGCAUUAACCCCAGAGACUUUCAGAAGAUGAAGGAGUUUGUCUCAACUGUGAUGGAACAGUUCAUAAAGUCUAAAACCUUGUUCUCUUUGAUGCAGUACUCCGACAGCUUCCAGACUCACUUCAACUUUAACGAUUUCAAGAAAAAACCUAACCCGAGGUCACAUGUGAGCAACAUAUCUCAGCUGAGAGGAUGGACAAAAACCGCCACAGGGAUCCGCAGAGUAGUAAGAGAACUGUUUCAGAAAACUAGUGGGGCCCGGGAGAAUGCUGUGAAGAUCCUAGUUGUCAUCACAGAUGGAGAAAAAUUCGGUGAUUCCUUGAAUUAUGAGGAUGUCAUCCCUGAGGCCGACAAAGCAGGGAUCAUUCGCUAUGUCAUUGGGGUGGGAAAUGCCUUCAACAAUAAGAAAUCCCGCCAAGAGCUUGAUACCAUCGCGUCUGAGCCAGCUAAUGAUCACGUGUUCCAAGUGGACAACUUUGAAGCUCUGAAGACCAUUCAGAACCAGCUUCAGGAAAAGAUCUUUGCCAUUGAGGGCACUCAGACAGGAAGUUCCAGCUCUUUUGAGCAUGAGAUGUCUCAAGAAGGCUUCAGUGCUACCAUCACCUCUAGUGGUCCCUUGCUGGGCACUGUGGGGAGCUUUGACUGGGCAGGUGGAGCCUUUCUGUACACCUCGAAGGACAAAGCCGCCUUCAUCAAUACAACCCGAGUGGAUUCAGACAUGAAUGAUGCUUACUUGGGUUAUGCUUCUGCAGUCAUCUUGAGGAGCCGGGUCCAAAGCUUGGUUUUAGGGGCACCUCGAUAUCAGCAUACUGGCCUGGUGGUGAUGUUCAGACAGAAUUUUGGUGCCUGGGAGCCCCACGCUGAUAUCAAGGGCAGCCAGAUUGGCUCUUACUUCGGGGCCACCCUCUGUUCCGUGGACAUGAAUGAUGAUGACAAUACCAACUUGAUCCUCAUUGGGGCCCCUCAUUUCUACGACCAGACCCGAGGAGGCCAGGUGUCAGUGUGUCCAUUGCCUAGGGGGCGGGCGCAGUGGCGAUGUGAAGCUAUUCUCCGUGGUGAGCAAGGCCAUCCCUGGGGUCGCUUUGGGGCAGCUCUGACGGUGCUGGGAGAUGUGAAUGGGGACAAGCUGACAGAUGUGGCCAUCGGGGCCCCAGGAGAGCAGGAGAAUCAGGGUGCUGUCUACAUUUUUCAUGGAGAAUCAACAGUCAGCAUCAGUGUCCCUCACAGCCAGCGGAUCACGGGCGCCCGCUUCUCCCCCAGACUCCAGCACUUCGGUCAGUCUCUGAGUGGGGGCAGGGACCUCACAAUGGACGGCCUGACAGACCUGGCUGUUGGGGCGCAGGGGUCCCUCCUGCUGCUCAGAGCCCAGCCUGUGGUAAGACUUGAGGCAAUCCUGGAAUUCACUCCCAAGAUUCUGUCAAGGAGUGUGUUUGAAUGUCGAAACCAAAUGUCAGGAAACAGGGAUGCCGGGGAGGUCAGAGUCUGCCUCCGCGUGCACAAAGUCACCAGGGAUCGGCUUCGAGAAGGAGAUAUCCAGAGCACUGUCACUUACGACCUGGCUUUAGACCCUGGCAGCACAAUUGUCCGUGCCAUCUUUGAGGAGACAAAGAACAACACACGCAGGACCACCCGGGUCUUUGGAUUGACACAGAAAUGUGAAACCCUGAAGCUGCAGUUACCGAACUGCGUGGAGGAGUCAGCGAAUCCGAUCUUCCUGCGCCUCAACUAUACACUGAUGGGGGAGCCCUUGCGCACCUCUAGGGACCUCCGGCCAGUUCUGGCUGUAGAUGCUCAAAGGUUCUUCACAGCUAUGCUUCCCUUUGAGAAGAAUUGUGGCAAUGACAGCAUUUGCCAGGAUGAUCUCAGCAUCACUAUGAGUUUCAUGGGCCAGGACACCCUGGUGGUGGGAGACCCUCGGGACUUCAACGUGAGGGUGACUGUGAGAAAUGACGGUGAAGACUCCUAUGGAACCCGGGCUACCAUCUACUACCCAUCUGGCUUGUCUUACCGGAAGGUGUCAGUGAACCAGAAUCCGCUUACCCAGAAGUCUUGGCGGGUGAAGUCUGAGCCCAUUUCUUCCACUGAAGGAUACAGGGCUCUGAAGAGUACCACCUGGAACAUAAACCACCCCAUCUUUCCUGCUAACUCCGAGGUCACCCUGACUAUCACAUUUGAUGUGGACUCUGAUGCUUCCCUGGGGAACAAACUGCUCCUCAAGGCCAAUGUGACCAGUGAGAACAACAUGUCCAGGACUCACAAAACGGAGUUUCAGUUGGAACUGCCCGUGAAGUAUGCCAUCUACAUGGUUGUCACCAGUGAUGAGAGUUCUACCAAAUAUCUCAACUUCACGGCUUCAGAGAUGACCAGUCAGGUCAUACAACAUCAGUACCAGUUCAACAACCUGGGCCAGAGGAGCCCCCCCAUCAGUGUGGUCUUCUGGAUCCCUGUCCAGCUCAACAAGGUGACCAUAUGGGAUCAGCCCCAGGUCAUCUUCUCCCAGAAUCUCUCAAGUGCCUGUCACACUGAGCAGAGAUCCCCUUCUCGCUCCCAGUUCCGGGAUGAGCUUGAGAAGACCCCAGUGCUGAACUGCUCUGUUGCAGUCUGUAAGAGAAUUCAGUGUGACCUACCAUCCUUCAACACCCAGGAAAUGUUCAAUGUCACCCUCAAGGGCAAACUGUCAUUUGACUGGUAUAUCAAGACUUCUCAUGACCACCUCCUGCUUGUGAGCACUGCUGAGAUCCUGUUUAAUGAUUCUGUGUUUGCCCUUCUUCCAGGGCAGGAGAUGUUUGUGAAGUCCAAGAUGGAGACCAAAGUGGAGCCAUAUGAAGUUCACAACCCUGUACCGCUGAUUGUGGGCAGCUCCAUUGGGGGGCUGGUGCUCCUGGCCGUCAUCACUGCUGUCCUGUACAAGCUUGGCUUCUUCAAGCGGCAAUACAAGGACAUGAUGAGUGAAGCUGCUCCCCAGGAAGCACCCCCACCUCAGUAAUGGCCCUUUCUCCAUGGAGUGACCUCCCCAGCAAGCAAGUCUGGUCAGAUCAACACCCAGGUCCCGAGGCUGAUGGACAGACAUGUCCUCUAGGGGACUGUCGCAGUGAUGCCUUAUACAGGAAUGGCUUGGGAUGUGUGUGCGUGUGUGUGUGUGUGUGUGUGUGUGUGUGUGUAUGUGUGUGUGUGUGUGUGUGUGUGUGUGUAAUGGGCUCAGACAUUUCUUGGAUGUGGGCAAUGCCUUGAAAGCAUCCUCUUGGAGGGAAAGGAGUCUCUUGGGUUUCCUACUGUGUGAGGGCAGACACUAAUGGACCCUUCUCUGGGCAAGGUGACAGGACCCUUAUGGGUAAGCAUAGUGAAAAGCUGUGGCUGUCUUCUCUGAAGGAAGUAAUAUUUCCUUUCAUGGAUGAGCUGCAGACUUGCAAGAGUCUAGGUACUGAGAAUACAAGAGAAGCUGAACAUGGAAUAGAGAAUGACCCAACAAAAAUGUUCAACGAAGAAUGAGAAGUCUCCCAGGACUGGAGAGAUGGCUCAGUGGUUAAGAGCACUGGUUGCUCUUGCAGAAGACCUGGGUUCAAUUCCCAGCACCCACACAACCAUCUGUAACUCCAUUCCCAGGAAAUCUGAGAAAUCUGCCACUACUUAGUCAUUCAUUAUUAAUUUAAAUGUUUUAGUUGAUUAACCUGUCCACAGUACAAAAAUUAAAAGACACUCAAGAAUGUGUGGUGAAAGGCUGGGGUGCAGCUCAUGGCAGAGCACUUGUGUGGUAUUUGCAAGGCCUUGGGCUCGGCUUGUAACUGAAAGUCAAGGCAAAGCAAAACAAACCAACCUGAAGAGUAUAUAGUGAAAAGACUCCCUCCUUAGGGGCAUUCAAAGCUUCAUGGUUGGCAUCUACUUCAGAAAGAUUGUAGGUGUGUGUGCACACACACACUCACACACACACACACACACACACACACAGUUUUAAACAACCGGUGACAUAAGUUUUUACUAUUAUGCAUCUUGUCUUUUUAUUAAUAUGCUCAAAUAAUUUUAUAAUAUAUAAAAUACCAUAGCUGAGGAGUACUCCCCUGGUGGACUACAUUGUAAUGUAUUUAAUCUGUUUCCUUUGGAUAUAUUAUCUCCAACCUCUUGCUAUUACAAACAAUGCUGAAUUAAUAAAUUGUAUAUACCUAAUUUUUA